GUAUCUUUUGUCUAUGGUAAAUCUUGAUUUUUAUAUUCCAAAGGUUAAAGGAUGGUGGUGUAGUGGGGGUUAAUUUCAAAGCACGUGCUUAAGGAAAUGUCGAAAUCAUCCUGAAAUCUCAAAAUUAAGGAGUAUAAAAAUAACUGUGCCAAAGAUAUAUUAUACAAAAUAAAUUGCAUUCAAGGCUAAUAGAUUGUUAUAAGAACUUAACAACAAUGGCCUUAGGAGCUUCUGAAAACGAUGCGAAAUUCGAUACGGAAGCUUUGGAAUCCAAAGAUGAAUCGUUGAAUAAAAAAGUUGACGAAAAUGUACAAGAAACCAAAGUAACCAAAGAAGAAAUAAAUAAGUUAGUGAAAGAUGAAGAAGAAAAAGAAAAAGAUGAUACAGAAGGCAAAAAUAAAGAUGAAGUUAUAUUUAUACAAGAUGUUGGGUUUUCAGUGAAGAUUAUUAGUCCUGGUGCAGAACCAUUUGAUAUACAGGUUUCAAGUAUGGAGCUAGUUCAAGAAAUUCAUCAGCUAUUAAUGGACCGUGAAGAUACGUCUCACCGAACUUGCUUUUCUCUUCAACUAGAAGGGAACACCUUGGACAAUUUUGCUGAACUGAAAAAUAUCGAGGGAUUGAAAGAAGGCUCAGUUAUAAAAGUUGUAGAGGAACCUUAUACAAUGCGCGAGGCCAGAAUACAUGUUAGACAUGUUAGAGAUUUACUCAAAUCUUUGGACCCAGCUGAUGCUUACAAUGGAGUUGAAUGCAAUUCUCUCAGUUUCCUAAAUACCAUUACUCAAGGUGAUAUUUUAGAAAAGAAAAAAAUGCGUCCUGAAAGUGUCGACUGCACACCUCCUGAUUACAUUAUGCCAGAUAGCAAAGAUAGAUCCCUGAUAGCACUACAACCUCAAAUUAAAGAACAAAAAUCUCCUCAAUGCGUAAAAGUGUUGACGUCUUCAGCUUGGAAUCCACCUCCUGGUUAUAGAAAAAUUCAUGGAGAUUUAAUGUAUCUGUACGUUGUUACUUUGGAGGAUAAACAUUAUCAUAUAUCAGCGUGUUCUCGUGGAUUUUAUAUAAAUCAGUCAACCGCAGAAGAAUUCAAUCCAAAAGCAGCUUCCCCCAGCCAUUUGUGUCAUUCAUUGAUUGAACUCCUCAAUCAAAUAUCUCCACAAUUUAAAAGAAACUUCGCACUGCUUCAGAAGAAAAGAAGUCAGCGACAUCCGUUUGAAAGGGUUGCGACGCCUUACCAAUUGUACGCUUGGACUGCACCAACAAUGGAACACACUUUGGAUGCCAUUAGAGCUGAAGACACAUUCUCUUCCAAAUUGGGAUAUGAAGAACACAUUCCUGGUCAAACAAGAGAUUGGAAUGAAGAACUGCAGACUACUCGUGAACUUCCCAGAAAAACUCUACCAGAAAGAUUAUUACGUGAACGUGCUAUAUUUAAAGUACACAGUGAUUUUGUCGCUGCAGCGACAAGAGGCGCUAUGGCAGUUAUAGAUGGUAACGUAAUGGCUAUAAAUCCAGGAGAAGAAGCAAAAAUGCAGAUGUUCAUUUGGAACAAUAUAUUUUUCUCUCUUGGUUUCGAUGUAAGAGAUCAUUACAAAGAAUUAGGAGGUGAUGCCGCUGCUUUUAUAGCACCUAGAAAUGAUUUACAAGGAGUUAGAGUAUACAGUGCUGUAGAUCUUCCAGGCCUAUAUACACUUGGCACAGUCGUUAUUGAUUAUAGGGGUUACAGGGUAACAGCACAAUCAAUUAUACCUGGUAUUUUGGAAAGAGAACAAGAGCAAUCAGUUGUUUACGGUUCUAUAGAUUUUGGAAAAAGUGUAUUGACGCAUCCUAAAUAUUUAGAUUUGUUGAACAAAGCAGGACAACAGUUGAAGAUCUUACCGCAUCAUGUCAUAAAUGACAAAGGUGAAUCCAUAGAAUUGUGUUCAAGCGUUGAAUGUAAAGGAAUCAUCGGUAAUGAUGGCAGAUAUUAUAUUUUAGAUCUUUUAAGAACUUUCCCUCCAGAUGUCAAUUUCUUAAAAUUGGGAGAAGAUUUGAGUCGAGAAGUGAAAUUGCUGGGUUUUCCAAUUGAACACAAACAUAAAUUGUGUUGCUUGAGACAAGAAUUGAUAGACAGUUUCGUAGAUUCUCGAUACAUGAUGUUUAUUAAAUACGCUGCUUACCAUUUACAACAGUUGAACGUUAAAAAAACAGAGGAAAAACGUAAAGCCAUAGAAGAAAACAAAAAAGAGGAAAAUGAAGAAAUUAGUAAAGAUAAAGAUACUGAGAAGGAUAACGCGGAAGAGAAAAAAGGUCAAUUAGAGGACGCAGAAGCCAAAAAAAUCGUCGAAAGUAUAACAGACGGUAGUAAAAUCGAACUGGAAGAAAGUACAAAAAAUAUUGUUAAAACAGCAUCUAUGGCUGUAGGUUCUCUCAAAGAUACCGAAUUCGACAUUAGAUUCAAUCCAGAUGUAUUUUCACCUGGUAUCAGACAUUGUCCCAAUUCCGAUCCUCCACUGGCGAAACAAAAGCAGUUAGUUAAAGACGCGGCGGAAUUUUUGUUAACUGUACAAAUUCCAACAUUCAUACGAGAUUGCUUAGAUCACUCAUCUGCUCCUAUGGAUGGAACCACACUUUCGGAAGCUCUACAUAAUAAAGGCAUCAAUAUCAGAUACCUUGGAAAAGUUACCAAUUUGUUAGCAAAAGUUAAGCAAUUAGAGUAUCUGUACAGCAUUGCGGUUUCAGAAUUGAUCUUAAGAUCCGCUAAGCAUAUUUUUACCACUUACUUACAGGGUUGUGAAAUGAUGAAUUUAUCAGUGGCUAUCGCUCAUUUUUUGAAUUGCUUCUUAUAUUCUGGACCAGUAGUUAAUCCGCUACAAGGACAAGAGGAGAAUAAAACCAACAAAAAGAGAAAUAAGAGACGCGGACGGGUUAACCCAUUAUCUUGUCAAGACAACAACGAAUGGGCAAGCCUCACAUCUAAAACCCUAUGGAAUCAACUAAAAAUUGAAUUGAAAUCAUACUUUGAUUACGAAUUACUUUCAACGGACGUCGAAACCACAAUAGAAACGUACUCUUUACAAAAAAUUUCUCUUCUAAGAUCAUUCUGUAUAAAAACCGGUAUACAAAUUUUACUAAGGGAUUACAAUUUCGAAUCGAAAAAUAAAUUGUUAUUUUACGAAGAAGACAUUAUAAAUAUAUUCCCAAUCGUCAAACACAUAAAUCCCAGAGCUACGGACGCCUACAAUUUUUACACGACUGGUCAAAGUAAAAUUCAACAAGGAUUUUUAAAAGACGGAUAUGAAUUGAUAAGUGAAUCUUUAAAUUUGUUAAAUAACGUGUAUGGAGCUAUGCAUCCCGAAAUAGCACAAUGUUUAAGGAUGAUCGCAAGACUGAAUUAUAUAAUGGGAGAGCACGGGGAAGCUAUGGCCUAUCAACAAAAGGCUGUGCUUAUGUCGGAAAGGGUAAACGGAAUCGAUCAUCCAUAUACGAUUACAGAAUAUGCUCAUUUGGCACUGUACUGUUUUGCUAACAGUCAAGUGAGUACUGCCUUAAAACUUUUAUAUAGAGCAAGAUACCUUGCUAUUCUUGUAUGUGGAGAAAAUCAUCCAGAAGUAGCUUUACUAGACAGUAAUAUAAGUUUAAUUCUUCACGCUGUGGGCGAAUACGAUUUAUCAUUGCGUUUCUUGGAAAAAGCCUUGGCCUUAAAUAUCAAAUAUUUCGGCGCCAAAUCUUUGAAAGUAGCUGUGAGUUAUCACCUCGUCGCUAGAACGCAAAGCUGUAUGGGAAACUUUAGAUCUGCAUUGAAUAACGAAAAAGAAGCUUACGCCAUUUAUAAACAACAGCUUGGUGAAAAUCAUGAAAAAACCAAAGAGUCUUCAGAAUGUUUAAAACAUUUAACACAGCAAGCAGUAGUUCUUCAAAAAAAGAUGAACGAAAUAUACACAGGAAAAAAUGGAGCCUCACUGCCACCAAUCCAGAUUCAACCUCCUUCUAUGGGAUCUGUUUUAGAUAUGUUGAACGUUAUUAACGGAAUCCUAUUUGUGCAAAUUAGUCAAGAAGACAUAGAAAACUUUAAGGCUGAAAUUGAAAAGAGACAAAAUGAAGAAGCAGAGGAGCAAGAAUCAAAGACAACUCCUGCAGUAGCUGAAUCUUAGUUAUUCGAUAAAACGUAGUCAAUCUAGAGUAUUUUUGUUUUAUAAGCGACAUGCACUUCUUCCCCUAGUCCUUAUUGAAAAUUACACAACAAAUUAUUUGUGUAGCACUUAUGCCUUCAGGCAAGAACGUAUUGCUUUGUAUUUAUACAAUUGUAACUGUUUUUCAUUGAAUUCAGUAUAAUUUUUAAGUAAACUAAGUUUACUUAUCACAAUAGAUUCUUUUGUAAUUUGCUCGGUUUAUUAUUUAGGUAAAUUAUCUAAAAAAGGUGUAAACUGACGGUUUUCAUAGAAAUUUGAAAAAGUACAAAGAAAAAUAAAUAUAGUUGCCAUAAUGACAUAUUUAAUUGGAAAUUAUUUUUAGAUAGUCUGUUUCUUGGUGCAAUAAUUUCUUUAAAUAUUUCCUAUCGAAAUAUUUUUCUGGUACUAAAGUGUGCGUGUUGCUAACCAAUGAAUAUUUUAUAUAUUUUUUUUUAAGUCAGAUGUUUUGUAUACAUGUUGAAUUUUUUGUAAUCAUGAUUUGUUAAUAAAUGCCAUUGGUUACUUA